AUGGCGCGGCCCGGAUUUAUUGCUCUCAUAGUGGGAGCUUUCCUAGGGGUGUUGAUGCUUCUACAGCUAGUCGCGACUAUUGAGAGUAACAAAGUUCCUUCGCGCUUUAGCUUCCAAUCUCACCCCGAGACCAGAGCGGGUGAUGAUACCGAGUUUCUUUUGGGUGCUGGAAAAGCAGAUAUCACAGGACCUGUUGUGGAGAUUGCUUUGAAUGGUUAUGCCAAUCUCAGUCAGAUAGGAACUGGUCUCCGUCAGAGAAUCUACUCACGAGCCUUCAUUAUCGCAAACCCAAACGACGCAAACGAUACUUUUAUAUAUCUAGUGCUGGAUGCGCAAUCGGGAGACUCUGCCGUCCGAAAUGGCGUUGUGCAGGGCUUAGCAGCCCUCGGCGACGAAUAUGCUCGCUAUGGCGAUCACAAUAUCGCUCUCACGGGAACUCAUGCCCAUUCUGGUCCAGGCGCGUGGAUGAAUUACCUCCUGCCCCAAAUCCCAACGUUAGGAUUCGACAAGCAAAGCUACCAGGCACUUGUCGACGGUGCGUUGCUGUCGAUUCAACGAGCUCACGAGAACCUCGCUCCCGGGCAUUUGACUCUUGGUACCACUGAAAUACCAGAUGGUAAUAUCAAUAGAAGCCCCUACGCCUACUUGCAAAAUCCGGAGACUGAACGGGCUCAAUAUCAAUAUGAUGUUGAUAAAACUCUCACUAUGCUGAAAUUUGAUCGCAGUUCUGAUAGCAAGACCAGUGCCAUCUUGACCUUCUUUUCCGUCCAUGGUACUUCUCUAUACGAGAAUAACACGCUCACUGCAGGUGACAAUAAAGGCGUCGCUGCCUGGCUGUUUGAACGCAGUGUCACGAAUGACACCCGCUUCGCGGACGAUUUCGUGGCUGGUUUCUCGCAAUCUAGCGUUGGUGACUCCUCGCCAAACGUUCUCGGUCCAUAUUGUGAAGAUACAGGUCUGCCUUGCCGCUUUGAAGAUAGCACGUGCAAUGGCCAAACAGAGCUUUGCCGCGGACGAGGGCCUUACUUUUUGGAAAAUGAUGCCGGGUCUAAGAGUUGUUUUGAAAUAGGUCGACGUCAGUACUCUGCGGCGAAAGAUCUCUAUGAAGAUCUAGACUCCCAAGGAACGCAAAUUGUUGGUAGCUCUUCAGUUGCCUCUUUCCACGUCUUCCAUGACUUUACCAACUACACUUUCCCGUCACCUUUCAAUUCGUCUACAUUGAAAACUUGUUAUGCUGCCCUUGGGUUUUCCUUUGCUGCCGGUACAACGGAUGGACCCGGAGAUUUUGAUUUCACUCAGAAUGGCACUGGGCCGGCGGAGAGUAACCCUCUGUGGUACGUGGCUCGGGCAUUUAUUCACCAGCCGUCAGCCGAGCAGCAGGCUUGUCAAGCCCCGAAAGAGAUCCUUCUUGAUGCCGGAGCGGUGUCUCUUCCUUAUGCCUGGGCGCCAAAUAUUGUUGACAUCCAACUUCUUCGAGUAGGACAGGUGAUCGUCAUCGUCUCGCCUAGUGAGGUGACUACCAUGUCUGGACGUCGGUGGAAGGCAGCUAUUUCGAACGCAUCGACUGAAAUUCUGGGUAUUAAGGAUCCUUUGGUUGUUCUUGGAGCUCCUGCCAACACAUAUGCCCACUACCUAACUACCGAAGAAGAAUAUGGGGCGCAGCGGUAUGAAGGUGCUUCCACACUGUAUGGACCGAACGAGUUGGCUGGGUAUGUGAAUCUCACAUUGACCUACCUUCCAUAUUUGGGCAGUGCGGUGGACGUGUCGAAGUUGCCUGCUAUCCCUGCUGGACCUUCGCCUCCGAUCAACACGAACGACUCCCUGAGCUUUAUCACCGGGGUGGUCUAUGACGGUGCCCAAAUUGGCAAAUCCUUUGGCGAUGUCUUGUCCACCUCUCCCAACGUGACGUAUGGCCCUGGUGACACCAUCAACGCGACCUUUGUGGGUGCCAACCCACGCAAUAACCUGCGCCAGGAGGGCACAUUUGGCGCAGUAGAGUUCCUUGACACCUCUUCGGGCGCGUGGAAGACUGUGCGGACGGAUGCUGAUUGGAAUCUGAUCUAUGAAUGGGAGCGCACCAAUACGGUCCUGGGAUAUAGCGAGGUCACGCUUUCCUGGAAGGUCGAGGACAGCUACUAUGAGAUUGGAAACCCAAACCCCGUUCAGGAUGGGUCAUACCGCUUGCAUUAUUACGGCGAUUCGAAGAGCGUCGGUGGAGACAUCUCGCCUUUUGAAGGAAUCAGCGCACCAUUCGCGGUGAAGGCCUAG